AUGUGCCCUCGUUGCAGAGCAACGGCCGAUCUCCAUAAACAGGGCAAAAAAUCUACUUCAGUGGAAUUAUUGAGGUUUAUCAACGGCAUUGAAAUCAGAUACCUUCUUGCAUCCGAAAAAUCUGUUCGUGCAAUCAUCGACGAGAGUCGCAUAAAGGCGCUGCUUUGCUUGCUGGUGGUUGGAAUCAUCGGUGGUUCUGGACUAGACGACCCCGAAAUCUUUGAAAACCAGCAUGAGGUUCGUGUUACAACUCCUUUUGGCGAACCCUCGGAUGCGCUACUCGAAGGCACCAUCGCUGGUGUGCCCUGUGUCCUCCUUUCAAGACAUGGUCGUAAGCACAGCAUAAUGCCGGGGAAUGUGAAUUUCCGUGCCAACAUUUGGGCUCUUAAGGAGGCGGGCUGUACGCACGUGCUGGCUUCGAAUGCCUGUGGUGGUCUUCAGGAAUACACUCAACCGGGUGACCUCGUUGUUCUCGACGACUUCUUUGAUCGCACCCAAAACCGCAAGCAGACCUUCUACGAUGGCGAGCCUGACCAUCCUGUGGGAGUCGUUCAUCUCCCUGCCUCUACUGUUUACUGUGAAAGAACUCGUCAGGUGCUAAUCAGGGCGGCGCAGAAGUUCAUGCCGAACACGUACAUUCCGGGCGAGGCACGACCGGAGCAUGACGUUCCACGCCUACAUCUGAAGGGCAGUUGCGUGACAAUUGAAGGGCCGCGAUUUUCGAGUCGUUGUGAGUCCAAACUCUUCCAUAGCUUGGGUUUCGAUGUCAUCAGCAUGACCAACGUGCCCGAGGUGAUUCUUGCCAGGGAGGCUGGCCUCUCAUACGCCACACUGGCCGUUGUUACUGACUACUGUGCUUGGCACGACUCACAUGAUGCCGUAAAUGUGGAAGUUGUGAUGGAAAAUUUUAAGAAGAGUGCAGAAACUGUCAAGAAUACCAUUAUCGAAGCCAUCAAGCUUCUCAAAACGGAAGAAUGGGAUGACGUAAUUGCCGCGAAUCGGGUAGGGAUGUCGCUGAGAGAUCCCGUCAAGACGUUCACUAAUCGUGCGUAUUCCAAACAAACACUAUAUUUCCAAUGA